UGCCGGGUUGCAGGGCUAAACAGGUGGCGGGGUGUGUUUCACUCGGCACUAGUGGUAGGUAAUUGACCUGUGUAGCACCUUCGGGUGACCGACUACCGUCGUGGCAACAAACCAAGAAAUCCUCUCACCUGUUCCUGUAACGUCUACAAGACGACUUGAAGACGGAGCACAGGUGUGAAGAAAACGCCAAGACAACUGCCAGGACAGGUGUGUUAGCGUCGAGCAGGUAGCAGAUGAGCGCUUUCUAGACGUUUUGCUGCUAUUAGAGUGACAGACUUGUAAGACGCCCGAAGAUGCCGUGGCCACCGACAGCCAUGGAGUCUCCUCCCAAGUACCACACCAACCGGAAGGAAAGGGUCACGACCCGGAAGGUGUUACACGGCAUCCUCACCAGGACAGGUACGGCAGCCGUGCGACAGUUUCUCCUGCGGAACCUCCCUCCCGCUCCGUCCGGUUCCCUGGAGCUGCCCGACGUCCUGCUCAGCAAGAAGCCCCUCCUCUCCCGCCUACUGCACGGCACGGCCGGACAGCCCAAGGCGCUCAGGCCCUACCAGUACAAGAUGCUGUUCCCGGCCAUGGGAGAGCCCGACAUAGGAUUGUGGGACAUCCCUACGAUGUACGCGCUGAUCCGCUACAUGUGUGACGUCAUGCCGCCCCACUGGCUGGGCUGGGAGCGCUUUCCGGACAAGCACGACACGCAGCCGGUCCACGACGUCAUCCGGAUCCGGUUCUUGCACCGCGCCAUGUUCUCGGAGACGCACGGCCGGAUUCCGGAGGAGAAGCUGAACUCGUACUGGUCGUGUCUCAAGUCCGUGCUGGAGAGACUCGCCAACUACUACGGCAAGAGCUUCUCGGACGAGGUUCUGUUUGGGAUCCAGAGCCUGAGCCGCCCGACCAGCACCGUGGUCAGCAGUACCCGGUCCUCGGUACCCUUCGCGCCACGGAGGCUGCAGUCCCGACCACAGUCGGCAGGGCCGCAGGCGAGAACACAAGGUACAGCCAUGGCUAGCGUGAUAGGCACCACCGAUCUGCAGACCGCUGGGACGUUAGACCCACAUCAACACUCGUCGUUCCUGGAUCUCGUCCGUCAGGGAGACACCGACUUCUCCUCUGGACAGCUGGACGGCGCCGAGAACAACUUCGCCUCGGCCUUACGCGUGGUCCACCGCCGCGACGACGCCGUCUCCCUCACCCAGCAGGCCGCCUGCCUCGAGAAGCUGGGUCUGGUUCACCUUCAGCGCGCGAGGGGCACGCGACAUCCAAGAGACUACAAGACCGCCGUGGCCCUAUACAACGCGGCCGUGGCGCGAGGCAAGGAACUACCCGCUCGUGAGCUCAUGAACAAGCUCAUCCACUGCCUAGACAUGGCCCUGAAGGCCGUAGCUGUAGAGAUGGCCGGGGCCAGGACGCAAGGUGCAAUCGACAAGCUCACAUACUCUGCGGACCUACCCCACAAACGGACGGUACAGAGUCUACGGAAUUACGCCAUGGAGAGGAUGCAGUACCUAGAGAGUAGAUACACCUACACGGUGUCCGCCGACCAGGACCCCUUCAGGUCGCUCGCGGAAAAACAGCGAGGGGAGACCGUACGGAUUUUAUACAGAAAGAUGUCGGACACGAUUAAGAGAGUUGUGUCCGCGAUGGUGCAGGAGUGCGUGACCAUACAGGGGAAGCCGCCCUGCCCCUUCGCAAUAGUCGCCUUCGGAUCCUUAGCACGCGAGGAGGCGACACCCUACACGGACCUAAACCUUGCCGUGCUGCUACCCGAGAGUGCGGAGGCUGACUCUGACCAUCUCAGCUACUUCGGCAAACUCGUCAUCCUCUUAGACCUCAAGAUGUUAAACCUAGGAGAAACUGUCUUAUCUAGUAUCGGAAUUAAGUCCUUGAACGACGCGGGUUCGUCGAACCCGCUCGACGACUGGUUUUUGGACACUGUGACGAAACGCGGGUUCUGUUUGGGUCGGUGGGAGCUGUCAGGACGCGAGCCCGUCCCCAUUACCACGCCUACACGCCUCGCGCAGUUCCAGAUCAAGGAGAGCCGCUGCCAGCCCAGCGAUUGGACAAAAGUCACGCUCGUCGAGGGAGAGCAGGCAUUGGUCGACGCGUAUGAGGGCAGCCUGAACUCUCACCUCAGUCGCUAUAGCAACUUCGGUAACAAGAUACCGGUGCUGGCCAAUGACAAGGCGUGCGAGGAGAUCCUCGAACUCUCGCGGCGUUUCGGCUCUCCCGUGAUCGACACGGACAACGAGACGAUGAUCCACGACGUGGCGCGUGAGCUGCAGUUUCUGCCCAGCCGCAUGGUGGCGGUUCUCGGCCUGUACUACGGCGUGACGUAUAAGAACCCGUGGGCCAUCGUGGACGAACUGGGCAGGCGCGGAGUGCUGAGGCCAAACGACGUCCAUCAUCUCAAGGUGGCUGCCAGCAUAGGAGCGGAGGUGCGCCUGCGCACACAGUUCGCUGCGGGGGGUAAGAAGGACGCGGUGAGAUCUCUGUCCCAGGUUUGCGGCAGGGAGCUGAUCUUCAGGUUCUACUUCACCAUCUCACCGCUACAGGACAUGCUGCACAAGUUUGCCCAGGACAUGGUGAGCCGCAGGCGGAGCGGGCCCCGGCAGCUCAACCUAUCACGGACGGUGCUCAUAGACGACAGUCUGCGCGUGCGCGGAAACAUCCACCUGAAGCUUCUGGAGUAUGGAGCCGCGGAACAGUCGUUUUCAGACAUGAUUCACGAGAACGUGACCGACGCUGGAGCGAUGGUGGACUAUGGCCGCACUCUACUCGGCGUCGGUAACUACACCAGCGCAGUGUCCUUCUUCGACCGCGCGCUGAGCAUGAUGGAACUGAUGUACGGGGAGGGCCUCAUCACUCCCAUCGCCAUCCGGGCCUUGUAUUACUCUGCCGUGGCCGCGUCGGACCUGGGGGACUACGCCGUGGCUAUGGCUUACCUGGACAAGGCUCUCAAGAUUGCAGGAAAAUUGUACGGCAAAGACGCCCCACACGUCGAAGUCGCCACGAUCCGCCAGCGCCUGGGCGAAGCACAGGGCAAGACGGGAGACCACUUCGCCGCCAUGUCUCAGUUCCAGACCUCCUUAGAAAUACGCAAAUACCUGCACAGGAACGAAGGCAACCACCCUGCCAUCUCAAAACUCAUCAUCGCUUUGGGUGAGACUUUGACGAACUGUCAGCAGCACGAGAAGGCCGCAGCGUGCUACGAAGAAGCUCUGCGUAUGCGGAGAACCUUGCACGGGGCACCCGAGAGCCAUCCUUCAGUCGCCAGCGCGCUCAACAACCUCGGAGCGUCCCUACAGUCUUCGGGUGAGAGCAUACGGGCGAUAGAAUGCCACGAAGAAGCGCUAAGAAUCUAUAGACAGCUGUACGGAGAAAGGUGCGACCAUAGAGCGAUAGCGGACACGCUGACACACCUUGGAGUAGCUCUGUUCGGUGACCAGCAGAGCGUCAAGGCGGUGCAAACGCACACGGAAGCUCUGGAGAUGAAGAGGAGGAUAUUCGGUGAGGAGGCUCAACAGGAGAGCAUCGCGGAAACUCUCGGGCAUCUCGCGAGAACUUACAAGGCGAUGGGCGAGGAGGGAAAGGCGAGCGAGUACACGGCACAGGAGUACACUAUGACGCGGGCUGUGUACGGAAAAGCGCACGGUAUCGGUAGUAACACGUUCAUGACAGACGACAGAAGUAGUACUGUCUCUCCGGACCUGGAGUUCGAUAGAUAGUUGAUAGGGGGCGCUGUGAAUACACAGAUGACAAUAGCAUGUCGCGGGCAGUGUACGGGAAGGCUCACGGUAGUAACACAUUCAUGACUGACGACAGGAGCAGUACUGUCUCUCCGGACCUGGAGUUCGACAGAUUAGAGAUAGGGGGCGCUGUGAUACUACUAUUAGAGUCAUGCAUAAGACUAUCUACAUGAUGAUGCCUAGGUAAUAGUAAUAAUAAUAAUAAUACUGAAUCACGAAAACAUCAACACGCGAACUCUGCGAGGAAGUAAGUGCUUUAUUGAUUGAUUGCACGAAUGUCGUUACAUAAGAGACCUGAACUAGAAACCUGUAAUGACUAAGGAGAUAACGGAUACCUUAAUUACAUGUACACUGUAAGUGCCAUGUUGUAGCAUUUUAGAUCAAUAGGACCAAAGUAUACAAAUGCUGAAUUAAUGUUUCGGCCAAAUUGAUGUGUGAUUUUUAAAUUCUAGGAUGCCACUGGGAUAACUACUCUGCUUUUAACUGCAUUUGCUGCUGAGUAACGUUCAUCAUUACAAAUUGGAGUUUCUUAAGCUUGUUGUACUAAGUACUAAGUAAGUUGUACUAAUCUUUUUUCGGUGCAAUGGAUUUGCCUUUAUGGUACUGCAAUUGGAUUUGGUGCCACGGAAUAACCAAAGUUGUAUGAAUGAGGAAUAUUUGAACAUGUCAACAUUAAAACAUUUGAAACA